AUGUCUGAUCUGAGAGAGAAAAUGAGCGAGGAGAAAAGGAAAGCGAAGGCCAUAAUAGUAGGAGGUAGCAUAGCAGGGCUAUCAUGCGCACAUGCCCUCAUUUCAGCAGGAUGGGAUGUUUUGGUGCUUGAGAAAUCAAGUGCACCUCCUAAGGGAAGUCCGACCGGUGCAGGAGUUGGACUUGACAAUCAGACAUUGCAGAUUAUCGAGUCCUGGCUCCCUAAACCUCAGCUUCUCCAAGAGAUUACCUUGCCUCUCACAAUUGAUCAGAACCAAACAAAAGUUGGAGGAGGGAAGGGCAGUAGGAUAUUGACAAGAGAUGAGAACUUCAAUUUCAGAGCAGCACAUUGGGCUGAUCUCCAUGGCCUUUUAUAUGAUGCACUACCUCCAGAGAUAUUUUUUUGGGGUCAUAAGUAUCUUUCUUUCUGCAUUUCUGAAGACAAAGCCACUGUCAAUGUUAAGGCCAAAGUCCUUCAAACAGAAGAGUCCAUUGAGAUAAAUGGGGAUUUGCUUGUUGCAGCGGAUGGAUGCCUCUCUUCAAUCCGAAAGACUUUUCUACCUGACUUGAAAUUGAGGUUUGCAGCUGUCAAAACAGGAGAUUACUGUUACUGUGCUUGGAGAGGAGUUCUUGAAUUUUCAGGAAAUGAGAGUUCAGAAACUAUCUCGUGCAUCCGAAAAGCAUACCCAGAUCUUGGGAAAUGCUUAUACUUUGAUCUAAGUGCUAAGGCUCACAGCGUGUUUUAUGAACUUAUCGGCGAAAGGCUUAAUUGGAUUUGGUAUGUCCAUCAACCAGAGCCUGACUUGAAGAGAAAUUCUGUGACCGUGAAAGUAAGCAGUGACAUGAUAAAGAAUAUGCACCAAGAAGCAGAGAAAGUCUGUGUUCCUGAAUUGGCGAAAGCCGUAAAAGAUACCAAGGAACCUUUCAUGAACGUCAUAUAUGAUUGUGAUCCUCUAGAACAUAUCUUUUGGUACAAUGUGGUAUUAAUCGGAGAUGCUGCUCAUCCAACAACUCCUCAUUGCGUGAGAAGCACAAACAUGUCAAUUUUAGAUGCAGCAGUCUUAGGCAAAUGCAUCAAGAAGUGGGGAGCAGAAAACUUAGCUUCAGCUCUCAAAGAAUAUCAGAAUAUUCGGUUACCAGUCACUUCAAAGCAAGUCCUACAUUCUCGGCGAGUGGGUCGAAUAAAACAAGGCUUAGCUCUUCCUGACCAUAAGCCUUUUGAUCUGAAGACAGCAAGUCCAGAAGAUUUUGAAGAGCUUCAACAGAAAAAUAUGCCAUUCUUUGCUAGUGCUCCUUUAUCUGUUGAUUGA